CUCUCGUGUAUCUGACAGUUGCACAUAGCGGAACGUUUAUCGCAUCCAGGCUCAGACAAACGGCAGGAGCCCUCCGGUUCUUUAUAUCCGAUACGGUUCAACUGAAAACGGAAUUUCUUAUUUUAAAACGACUCAAGUUGUUGUCAUAUUUUUCUACCGUUUGCAAAUGCUUCAAGGGUUCACCUUUGAGUGCCGCUCUGCCAUAAUGUACGGGUUAGCUCGCUAACGUUAGCCGGGAGCUAGCAUCCACAGUUCGGAGAAAGUAACGGAGUACGCGUUUCUUCGGCUACUUCGGAGUCGUCAGAGGGAAUUAAAACAUGGAGAAAAUGAAAGAGCUAUGCCACUGCCUCCAGGAUCCUCACCUUGUCGCCCGCUUUCAGAACAUUUGCGGGGUACGGGGCACGUUUACGACCACCAGCAGCAGCAAGGUAGCGGACCGGGCUCACUCGCACAACAACGGCGCUUGUCAUCAUCGCGUCGCCGGAGAAAACUUGUCCAAUGUGGGAGCUGGGGAAGGAGAGAAAAUGCAAACGGCGUCAGCGAAGCUUCGGAGAAGGAUUGCGGACUCUAACGUUGCUAAAAAUUUUAAAGAUGAAGGUGAAACCCCGUCACAGAACGGGACAGCGGUGUCUGCGGCGACCGCCGGGGGAGAGAGGGUUGGUGUGGGCAGCAGCCUCGCGGGACCGGGCGUCCGCAGCGGGUCCGCGCAAGAUUUAUCCCGGGCAGCCAAUUGUGAGGAGAGCCAGGUCGGAGGAAUCUUGGGUCCCCCAGGAAGCAGCAAGGUAAAGCCACUCCGCAAGAAUUCUCUAACGGGCGACGGCGGGCAGGAGUUCCUGAUCGACAACCGCUUCUUGUACUAUCUCUUCACUUUCGGAACCGAGCUGGGAAACGAGACUUUCUACAUCAUUUUCUUCCCAUUCAUAACGUGGAACGUGGAAGCCUUCGUCAGCAGGCGACUGAUCAUGGUGUGGGUCUGGGUCAUGUACCUGGGACAGUGUACCAAGGAUGUGCUCGGCUGGUCCCGACCGGCCUCACCGCCUGUGGUCAAAGUGGAGGUGUUUUACAACUCCGAGUACAGCAUGCCGUCCACGCACGCCAUGUCCGGCACAGCCAUCCCCUUCGCCCUGUACUUCAUGACCUACGGCCGUUGGGAGUACCCAUCCACACUGGGAUUCAUCUUGGCUCUCUGCUGGUGUCUGCUGGUUUGUUCCAGCCGAAUCUACAUGGGAAUGCAUUCGGUGCUGGACGUCAUCGCUGGGUUUCUGUACAGCAUCCUCAUCCUGUGCUUCUUCCUGCCGAUACUGGACCUGAUCGAUGGCUUCAAUUUGACCUGCCGCUACGCUCCAAUCAUCAUCAUCUCCCUCCACCUGGGCCUGGGCCUCUUCUCCUUCACCCUGGACACCUGGAGCACCUCUCGUGGUGACACCGCUCAGAUCCUGGGCACUGGUGCCGGCAUUGCCUUGGCUUCCCAUGUCAACUACCACCUGGGCCUGAUGCCCGACUUGACACCAGACCAGCUUCCCCUCAGCAUGCCCGCACUUAGCCCCAGCCUGGUGGCUGUUGUAAUGUUGCGGCUCGUUGUGGGAGUGCUGGUGCUGUUGGCCACGCGGGCGCUGAUGAAGGCCAUCACCAUCCCACUGGUGUGCAGAGCGUUCAGAGUGCCCACUGAUGACCUGAGGAAGGCCCGGCAGCACAUGGAGGUGGAGCUGCCUUACCGCUUCAUCGUCUACGGGACAGUGGGCUUCAACGUGAUCUUCCUGGUCCCGCUGCUCUUCAGCUACAUGCAGCUCUCCUGAUUGGAUCUUACUUGACUGUGUGGCCAGUCAAAGUGAAGUAAAAAUCUAAAUGCUGUCAUCAGAUCAGUUUUGCUGCUUGUUUUCAUCCACAGCCUAAUCCCUAGCUGGAGGUUGCUGGGUUUGGGACUGAUGAAGGUACAUUAAAGCCUAAUUGCUGAUCUGGAUGCAGAGUUUUUAUCAGAUUUUUUUGUUUUUGUUGUCUCAGGUUACUUUUAAAGACGGGUGAAUCCUGAGCAAUGGAAAAUGGGCUUAGACUGUUAACAGUUCACUAGCGAUAUCUCUUUGUUCUUUAGAUUUAUUUAAGAGUAAAAUCCAGUCAGAUAAUGCUUUGACACUCUCAGAGCUGGAAAGUCACUCCUCAAAUUCAAAAAAGCAUUUCAACAGUGGCCUCUAGAAGACUAAAAAUGCAGGUCAUGACCACUAAUAGAUGAUGUGUUAGUAUUUGCAUUGUUAUGACUGAAGUUGUUAUUAAGAGCUCAGGCAAAGAACCACAGAAGUAUUUUUUUAGGAAAACUUAAAUUAUUCCAACAACUCAAGUGAAUAAUAAAUCUUCAAACGCCUGACAGAAAAUGUUGAAAAUAAAAAGACUUAGUAAGUCUCACUAACAGUCUGAAAGCCAACGAUAUCCAGGCACGUGAUGAAUAAAUAAAUAAAAUAGAAAGUCUUCUUUUAGUCGGAUGUCCAGAUGGAUCAAUGGCAGAAUGAGUUUGGGUUGUAAAUUAAGUGCUUAGUUUAACUAGUUUAAAGAAUGUUGUAGUUUGAGUUCAGUGUCACUGUUGAAACUUUGUGUGGUUCUUUGUCUAGUAGCCUCUUAAUGUUUCUGUUUGAUUAUACUCUCCUUUGUCUCAAUUCUUAAAGCAAUAAGAGACCUUUCAUUUUAUGAUUCCUGUGUUCCUCUACUGGAUCGGAGGAACAUUUAGUCUUUAACCUCUGAACCCCCUGCCUGUGGAGAGGAAACCAGUUUGAUUAAAGUUUUUGAUUUGUUGUUACGUCUCUGAUGUCUGAGAAUUCAGCCACAUUGUUUUUUCAGGAGGUUAGAUUGUGUUUUCUUAAAGGGCUUUCCCCACUAUUUGAGUUCUGAGUUUGACUGCUAUUCCUGCAACCCGAUGGGAGAAAAAAGAAAUACCAGGCACAUACUGUACGAUGCAAAAGGAAAGGAGAAUGCAUCGCUUUGUUUGGGAAAUGUACAGAGAGGGUUUUAAUGGUUUUAUUUUGUUCUCUAAGAAUGACUGGAGCACUCAGCUCAGCCUGGUUUUUUUUAUUUUAUUUUAUUUUUAAACACUGUAAACUUGCUUCCUAUUAGAGAUGUCAGCUCACAUCCACUUCCUGUUCUUAGCUGAGGUUCUUUUGCUGAUGUCAGGUGGGAGGAGGUGGUGGAGAUAAACCGUCCGGAGGGAAGUUUUCUCAUGUUUCUAAAAUUGGAACUCCAUUGACAACUUUUUUGUGCACAACAGGCGCGUUCUAAAAAUAUUAGAAAGUAUUCGACUACAAGUGCAACAUUAUUCACUGUUUUAUCAUGCAUGAAUUUGAUACUUGAUUCUAUAAAUGUAGGAAAAUUUUGUCUUCAAAUUUUGAAGACACAAUUGCUCCAGAAAAGCGGCGUGAACGUGAACUUUUUAAAUGCCUUUGACAAAAGUAAUCAAAAACAUGGUUGCCCUGAGAAGUCAAAUGCACUGCAACAUAAGAAAACGCCAGCAAAUAGAAAAACAAUCCAGAAAGCACACAAAACACAACAGAAGUUGAACAAAAUGCAAUGGAAGUAAACAAAGAAAAUCACAAAAGAUAUGCUUCUGGGGAGGUGAUAACAUGAUGGAACAGCUACACAUGUGACAGAAGCCAAAACAUGUCAACUUUUGCACUGAGACACUAAAAAGAAGCAGAGUUGUUGUAUAACAUGGAGAAGAAGAUGCAAAGUACAGUAUUACUGAUCCUGUAAUACUGUGCAUACAUGUUUGCUAUCAGCUGUUUACCAUCAGGUUAUCACUUCCAUCCGUCACGUUAUUGUCUCCCCAAAAGCACAUCUGUUGUGUUUUACAAGGAUUUUUGAGGUUUUGCUGCGUUUUGUUUUUUUCUAUUUCCAUUGUGAAAGAACUAUUUGAUUCAAAUGUAGCUUGGUAAGAUGUCAGAGCAGAAUCUAUCAUCGUAAGACUCUGGUGAUGUUAAACUUGUUAAAAAGCAUUUUACAUUUGCAAUAAAAAAAAAAGCUUCCACUCGGACUCUUACCCGAACUCCUCCACACCACAACUAGUGAUUAAUUGGUUAAUUAGUUGAUUAACAAAGCUUCCUUCGACCACUCUAACCUGAACCUGAGUAUAAAGACUGAGGCCAGGAGCCCAGAUGCCUGCUUCCUGUUUCUAAGCUGUGUGUGCCUUGCUUAAAGCCACAUUUAAAAAAAGUUUUUCUCCCAGCAGGAUGCUGCCAUUGACACACAUUUCUUUAGUCUUAAUUUCUUUUUCUUCUUCUUUUUUUUUUGCCAAGCUGAUUUAUUUAUGUUAGUUUUGUGUACGGUACUCUGCUAAAAUAAAUGCACUGUUCCCAGAAUGCACUGUUCCCCCUCCGAGCCAGGCAAAAAUAAUGAAGGUGGAGCUGGUCCUCAAUGCAGUCCAAUCAGUAGUUCCCUUUGAUUUGUCGUCUUGCAGUUGGUCGGUAAACACUAUGACGAGUGACCGUUAUAAUGAAUAGAUGCUUUACUUACAUUAGCACCUGUUAGCUAAUGCAAGUAAGAUUCAGUCAUUUACAGACAUCUGUGCAGUAGCAGAGAAAUUUUCCAGUAUAGCAGCUUGAACCAGCAAACAUCUGGAGUCUUCCCUUCAUAAGUGACCUUAACUGUCCCUGGAUACUACAAUUUUCUGUGGUAUGUUUGAGGAAUUAGAUUUUAUUGUUUUUCUGUAGUCGACUACUUCUGUCUGAAAUGAUAAUCCAAUGAUGUGAUGAGAGCUGCUGAUUGCAUUGGUUUAAUUCUUUAGGAUGUUCACAUAUAGUUUAGUAUUUUAACUUAAUCCAGCUGCAGAUUUGCCUCUAAUUAACCGACUCGUCAAAGCCAAACGGACCAGCUUACUCUCUGCAUUUGUCAGCCGCCUGGCUCGUUUCACUUCCUGUGGCCUUGCCUCGUGCACAAAUAUGUUUGUGUUUGUCAGAGCGUUUGUAUAUUUCUUGACGUUUUUGUGCGUGUGUUUGGGCAUGCGGUUUUGUCUCUGUUCCACAGAAAAGAGAAGUUUAUUUCUGUUUCAGUGACAAAACCCAGUUUGGGUUAAUCCUGUGGCUGAGCUGAGUUUGUGUGAGUGACGGACAGAAGCUCAAACUGCAAGAAGUCGAUGACAAAGCAACAUUUGUCAUCUGUGAUCUUUAAGGACAUUUCCCCUGCACAUCGACAAAGGAGAUGAAGCUGAACUCCCUGACACGUCUCGCUGUGAUAUGUUCCUGUGUUUGGAGACUGGUUUCCACCUGUGGAUGUUCUUUUUUGUGGAGUCAAAGCAGGGCUGGCCUCGUGAUGUUCGACGAGCCUAAUUAUAAACUUAAAGAUGUAUAUUUGGUACAACAUCUUUAAAAUGCAUCAUAUAGUUUUGUUUGGCUCUGUUUUUAUAUCAUCUUAAUCGUGAUUUUGCUUUGUUGUGAUCGUGAUCUUUUGUUGAUAUUAUUUCGGUACAUUAAUAUAUUUUUGAAAUCCUAAAUUGAUCUGUCAAAAAUAUAUAGUCUGUGUUAUUUUCUGUGGUAUGAUGUGGCUGAAUUACAGAAUUUCUUUAUUAUUUGUAAUGUCAUUAGGAGAUGGAUGGACAGAGUCACCAAAGUCUAUAUACUGUAAUAACACAAUAUGCUUGUCAAACUGAUCCUAAUUUAUUAUUAUGAUAACUUUAGUUCUUGCAAUACAAUAUUUAAAACGGUUUUUCCUUAAUCUGUUCAAUGAUUGGUUUGAACAGCCAGCUCUGCUUUGUCAACUCACAAGAUGGAGAUUUGAUUUCUUCUUUUUUUAAAUACUGGAUCUCAGAGGAAAAAACGUCUUUCUUGACCAAAUAUGCAGUAUUUAAACUGUGUAGCUAAACUGCCCUACACGUCAGUGCCUUCCUCUGUCCUCAGCUCUGUGCCGUCAUGUUGCCUCUUGCACUUUGUAGAUGUAUAUAAAUAUGGGAGGAUGACAAGUUUCCUGUUUAUAAAAAAAACAAGAACAGUUUUUAAUAUUGCCCCUACUUUUGCUUUUUAGUUGCUGUCUUGAGGAAAAUUUGCAAGUCUUUGUCUUUAAGUCUACAUGUUUGAUGCAGAAAUGAAUUUGCCUUUUUCUCCCUGAUAAUUCGCGGCUUUCAUUCCAAAUCGCAGUCAGAGAGUAGAGAGACGAGGUGAACUCUUGUGAGUUUCAGCUUGUAAUCAAACCCUUCAUGAUUCCUUCUUUAUUUGUGAAGUCUCGCUCACUUUCACAGUAUUUUCUUCAUGUUUCUGCAGGGCUUUAUUGUUGGUUUUCAUCUGUGAUUGAAAAUGUGGCUUAUUUCUGUCUGUGUGAAUUAACUGAGAAUAAUAAAUGAGAGAAUCAAA